AUGGGAUCAUCAUUCAAGCUCUCACUUGCACUUGUUUGUUUCUUAACACUAGCCAUUCUUAACAUAACCGAUGCUCAAAACUCCCAACAAGAUUACUUAGAUGCUCACAAUGCAGCACGCGCCCAAGUGGGAGUUGCAAACAUGGUAUGGAAUGCCACGGUGGCUGCAUAUGCUCAAAACUAUGCAAAUGCAAGGAUAGGGGACUGCAACCUUGUCCAUUCUGGUGGACCUUAUGGUGAGAACCUUGCUGAGGGUAGUGGUACCUUUACAGGUACCACAGCCGUGAACUUAUGGGUAGCUGAAAAAACUUAUUACGAUUAUGCAACCAAUACUUGCGCCAGUGGAAAAGUGUGUGGGCACUAUACUCAAGUGGUGUGGCGUAAUUCCAAUCAGCUUGGGUGUGCUCAGGUUCAAUGCACGAAUAAUGGUUGGUGGUUCGUUAUUUGUAGCUACUAUCCUCGUGGAAACUACAUCGGGCAAUCUCCUUACUAA